GCCCCGCUCGCUCUUCCAAUCCCAAGCCUUCUGGUUUCGAUGAGCCAAUCCGCCUUCAAGAGGUGGGCGGAGGCGACGGAGCAGAUGCCCAGGGAAUGUCUUGUGUGCGCUUAGAGCGCUCGGCUGCCGCUCCCACCGCUUCCACCCCAGCUCCCGCCGAUCCCAAACUUCAGUUGUGGGCAAGGCAGAGGAACAUGCACAGCGGUAAACUCCAGUCUCUGUCCAUAUGCCAGAUCUUCUCUGGGAUCUGCCAUGAGUCACUGGUUCCUGCCCCUUCAGGAUCAGAGAUCUAAAUGAGUGUGAAUUGCAGGCCUUGUUCAUUGGCAUUUUCUUAAGCAGUGCCAAAAAUUGCAUUUGAAUUACCUGGACACCAAGUGGAAAAGCCAUAUUUAUCAAUAUUUACAUUUCCUCAUCAUUACUAUCAUUUAUUUGUCUGCCACGUUUCCAUAGUAAACGCAUGCUCAAGGCAGUUUACAACAUCAAAAAGUGAUUGGCAUAAAGUUAACUACAUGUAUAGAGUGUGGCAAGGAGCACUGGGAGACAGCUAAAACACAGUCAUGUCUUCAGUUUGGCAUACAGUUUCAGCACUUCAUGUGACCUACAAGAAACUGAUAUGCCUCUUGGUCUUCACCAUAAGCGUAUGCCACAGUGCCUCUGGGAUGUGUCCUACAGCUUGCAUUUGUGCCAGUGACAUUGUGAGUUGCACCAGCAAGAACCUCUCAAGGGUGCCAUCAACACUGUUCAAGCACAUUAAAAGACUGGAUGUCAGUCACAACCGAAUUGGGAUUUUGGAUCACGACUGGAUGCCCAUACUACUCGACAAGCUGAACACCCUCAUCAUCAGUCAUAACAGUAUCAGUAGCAUUUCCACUGGCAGCUUUUCCGUGACUCCAAAUGUCAAGUACCUAGACUUGUCGUCCAACAACUUAAGGUCACUGGGUAGUCCUGUCUUUCAGGAACUAAGAGUGUUGGAGGUUCUGUUGCUGUAUAACAAUCAUAUUGCACAGAUUGAUUCUGCUGCUUUUGGAGGAAUAUACAAAUUGCAGAAGCUGUAUUUGAGUUACAAUUCUCUCUCCCACUUCCCAAUUGCAUUAUACAUUGGGAAACAUAAACUCUCAGAACUUGUGCUGCUAGACAUUUCUUACAAUCAAAUCCAGUCAAUACCCAUUAACUAUAUAAGCUUAGUGCCAGCCAGACAUCUUAGUGGAAUUUAUCUUCAUGGGAACCCAUUUUACUGUGACUGUACUCUUUACUCCAUGCUGAGCUUCUGGUAUCUUAGACACUUCAGCUCAGUGGAGGAUUUCAAGACUGAGUACACGUGUGUGUUGCAAUCAAACACCAAAGGCUCUAAUAUGAAUAAACUGCCUUUACUGCAUGACAACUAUUUGAAUUGCUCAGAAAGCACCAUUAAUGGCUCCUUCCAUGCAUUUGGCUUUAUUCACGAAGCCCAACUUGGAGAGAGGCUGAUUGUACCUUGUGACACUAAAAUCAGUGAUGCAGGCACCCACUUUAUUUGGAUCAGCCCAGACAAUCAGUUUCUGGAACCCGGCAAGACAACCAAACACUUCAGAGUGUUUCACAAUGGGAGUCUGGAAAUCGACGAGGCCCAGUAUGAGGAUGCUGGACUUUAUUCCUGCAUUGCAAUAAACAGGAAAAGACUAUUGAAUGAAACUAUAGAGGUGAGGAUAAAUGUAAGCAAUUUCACAGUGGACAGGUCUCACUCGCCUCACGAAACGUUCAACACUGCUUUCACUACCCUUGCAGCUUGUGUCGCCAGUAUUAUCUUGGUGCUGCUUUACCUCUAUCUGACACCAUGCCCUUGUCGAUGCAAGUCAAAGAGAAGGAAAAGGCAGCCGAGCCAAGGCAACACUCAUGCCUCCAUACUGACCUCCAAUUCACCCCUUGAACUUCCAGCUGAUGAGAAAAAAGCCAGCAGUGGCAAAAGGGUCGUGUUCCUUGAACCUGUGAAGGAGCCAAAGCCAGGACAGAAUGGAAAAGUAAGGGUGUUUCCCAAUGAGAACAUCAUUGCGGAAAGCAUCUUAAAAACUCCCCGAACAAAAUCAGACUCGGAUUCCAUGAACUCAGUGUUUUCGGACACUCCUUUCAUGCCAUCCUCUUAGUUUCCUGCCUGUGUUCGCAUUGUAUGGUUAACUCUUUCAACAGCUGCCCUGCCUUUAGCCAAUCUUGAAAGAAUGGAGAAUCUUUUUCAAAUAAAAGAUGAGGAGGUGUAAGAGGUUCUCAUUCUGAUGGGUGAUGGGCACAAGCCAUCAGUCCCUAAACCUGGACCAAUGCUGGGGAGGAUCACUUUGCCAGAUGGCUUUUGCAGCUCUCUGCUGUAAAAAGGUCAUAUUAUGACAUAUGCCACUGCCAUUUUAAUUCCAGUGCUUAAAGACAUUUGGGUAUGGUCUGAUAAGUGAUGCUCCCAUUCACAUCAGUGGAGCUGACUUAGGCAAGCUUCCCAUCAUAUAAGACCCUUGGCUGCUUACCUAUAUAGAAUUGGGGUAAUCGUAAUUAUCAGGGAUGAGAAUCAUAACUAAUAUGUCUCUUAGAGCUUAGAUUGAUAGGGAAAGAGAGAAAUUGCCAUUUACAGAACUUCGGGUUUCUGCUUUGAGGCACUGAGCACAUAAAAGAAACAAAUGAAGUUAUACAGACCAAAAUAUUCCAAAAUGGGGUUUUGCAUAAAUUAUGUCCUAAUUUUUAGAUUUGGUGUUUGAUUAUUUUUAUAUACUGGAGAUUUAAUAGCCAAUAAUAGUAUGUAUGCUUACCUGGUUUAAGAAAACUUUCGCUAUAUGUAAACUCUGACAGAAAAUACUCACCCAAGUUAUGAUGUCUAAACCACUUAAGCCUCAAAUGUUUUUAUCCCAAAAGGCACAGCACUUUGAUCCUAUUAAGAAAUCUGAGCUGAGGCAAUGUUCAGCCAGUACAGUUUUCUCACCAGCACACAGUGAUGGGAGAAGCUGCACCUUUGGCAUGUCUGUCUUCACAGUUUUUAAAGGGACAAGAGCCAUGUUGCUUCUGGAAUGUGGCCACUUCAACCUACCUAUUUAUACUGAAACUUGUAUAAGUGAUUUGUGGCUUGAGUAGAGAAUAAAAGAGGAAAGCAGAGGAUGAGUUUUGUAAGUAAAGCAACCAGGGUUUGUGCAGUUAGAUGUUUUGUAUAUGAGCUACUGCACUUUGAACACUUUUACUGACUUAAUGAGAGCCAUAAUGGAAACUGUCGAUCCCAAAUUGAAUACAGCAGGUGCAGCCAGGCCUUCUCAUUAUCAGCAAUGAAUUGGCUUGCGUGUCUGGACAUUGCCUUCUACAGCCGACGGUGGAACCUGGUUACAUGCAGUUUGCUGGAUUGCAGCCUUAUUUAGAAGAUUCAGAAUAAUUCAGCAGGUUUUUCAAAAUGUGUUUGAUGUAUCAAUUUACAGGCAUAUAAAUGAUGAUUUAAUGAAAAUUGUGUUUUGUGGUUUGAUACAGAAAGUGUCAAUUAAGUACUUAACAGGUAUUUCCCAGUUGUUCAGUUUCAAAAA